AUGGAUGGUCAGAUGAAUGCGGAUAAAAAUGUCGACGGCAAGACGCAGUACUCUGCGGAGGAAGUGAAUCAUGUGAUCUUCGGCCAGAGUACUCAAAGCACUCAGAGCACUCAGAGCCAUGUAAAGGAAGACGGGAACGCGAUUUUGAUGCAGACAUUACUCAAACAGAAUGAGUUACUAAUGAGAAUGUUAGCGAUAAAGGAGAAACCGCCAGAGGAGGUAUACGCUCCACCGGACUUGUCGAAAGUACUACCAACGUUUGAUGGUAAGUGUAAGCCCCACGAAGCGGCGGAUUGGUUGAGCACGCUCUGUGGAGUGGCGUCAUUACAUCGUUGGUCGGAUGCACUCAAGUUGGAGGCGGCGAGAGUAAACGUGGAUGGUCCAGCCCGCCAAUGGUAUAUUGGGCGAAGAUUCAAUUCAUGGGCAGAAUUUGAACAGCAGUUUAAAGCAACGUUCUUCAGAAAGGUUAACACGGUCAGUCGAUGGAAGGCAUUGGCAGCUCGGGUACAAGGUAAAAACGAAAGUAUUCUAGACUACUUCCACGAAAAGGUUCGACUUUGUCGAGAUUUGGAAUUAGAUUUGUUUGAUACCAAGGAACAGUUAUUAGACGGUAUCCAAUCGAAAGAAUUAUUUCAAUAUUUGUUAAGCCGUACUCAUAAUGACGAAAAUGAGUUACUAUUUGACAUUAUGGACUACAUGCGGUUAGUGGAGCACAGAAAUGUUCGAUUUCAAAAUAAAAUAGUUUUGUCCAAUUCAAAUGAGAAGCAGUGGCCCAGAGGAGAAAGUCCUAAGCCCAAAGCGGAAAGUUCGAGUAGGAGUCAGAAGGGUGUUGAGUCAGCAACAAGCCGGAUAUGUUACAACUGUGGAUCCAGAACGCACAUUGCGCCAAGUUGUCCCAGUCCAGUAAGACCAAAAGGAGCAUGCUACGGUUGCGGUUCAACAGCACAUCAGCGAUAA